AUGAAUUGCCUACAAUACGCUUCCCGCUAUACGAUACUGUUGGGUCUUUUAAUAAUUGCCAGUCCUGUUACAUCAUCCGACGAGUCGCUGUUCCCUCGUUUCGUCGAGCCAGUUCCAAAUGUCACAGUAACCGUUGGCAGAGACGCUCUCCUUGCAUGUGUCGUGGAAGACCUACGGGGAUAUAAGGUAGCAUGGGUUAGAGUGGAUACCCAAACAAUCCUGAGCAUCCAUCACAACAUCAUAACUCAAAAUCCCCGCAUAAGCCUAUCAUACAACGAUCAUCGAUCGUGGUAUCUCCAUAUAAAAAACGUUCAGGAAGUGGACCGCGGUUGGUAUAUGUGUCAAGUCAAUACAGAUCCCAUGCGCUCUAGAAAAGGAUAUCUUCAAGUCGUAGUUCCACCAAUGAUUAUCGACAAUAUGACAUCAACUGAUAUGGUGGUUCGGGAAGGCACUAACGUCACAAUGGUUUGUCGAGCCACGGGUUACCCUGAACCUUACGUAAUGUGGAGACGAGAAGAUGGUCAGGAAUUCAAUUGCAAUGGGGAAUCCGUUAACGUAGUAGAUGGUGAGAAUCUGACUAUAUCCAAAGUAUCGCGCCUUCACAUGGGAGCAUACUUAUGUAUAGCUUCAAACGGCGUUCCGCCUUCAAUUAGCAAGCGAGUCGUAUUAAUGGUGCAAUUCCCGCCGAUGUUAUCGAUUCCGAAUCAGUUGGAAGCUGCAUAUGUAGGGCAGGACGUAACGCUGGAGUGCCACACUGAAGCCUACCCAUCCUCUAUUAACUACUGGACGACUGACCGUGGUGAUAUGAUCAUAUCUGGCAACAAGUACGUUACUAUCUUAAGCGAUGACGGUUACAGUCGAAAAAUGAAGCUUACUAUACGCAAAGUAUCGUCCAGAGACUUCUCAUCUUACCGUUGUGUAGCUAAGAACUCUCUCGGUGAGACGGAUGGUCUUAUUAGACUCGACGAAAUACCAGCUCCAUCAACAACAAGUACUACGAUUAAUUACAUUCCAACAUUUCCUCAGAGAAAGAAAGGUAAACUUAAGAAUCGUUGGCGGGACAGCUCAGCUGAAAACAGAGUAAUUGGAGAUUAUGAAGUUGAAGAAUGGAAAGAUAUCGAUUAUGAAUCGACACAAUCUUCGAGUUCUUCAACGAUCCAUGGCAUCGUGUACAGUGCACUCACCAUGGCACUUCUUAGC